CAGAGGAUAUAAGCAGAUGUUGAAGACAAAAUGAAGGUUAAGCUUUUCUACCUCUAAUCUAUCUACAUUCUUCACUUCUCUCUCUAACUCGCUCGUCGGAAGGUUCGCUGGGGGACUUUCCGUUCCCCGUUGAACUCUUGUGCAGGUCUUCCGGUGGGCUUGGUAAUUCGAACAAAGGCUUGAGGAGCGUGGAUCAGUCUGAUCCAUCCUACCAUCACGAACUAUAUUAUCAGUUGGCACCGUCUGUGGGAAAGCUUUGCUCCGCACGCCAGUUGUACUCAUUGUCGCCGGAGAUCCUGUCCCAAUAACCCUUUCCUACUACGCAUCAAAGUGUAUGGUCACGACUAGAUCUGUGGCUUCUCACCAUAAUGCUGUCGACCAUCAAACUGACCUCCCCAAUCUAAACAACCCACCCCAAUAUUUCAUCGAGCUUACCAACAGCAUUAACCGCAUGGCCGAGGGUGCUGGAACAGCUCAGCCGGCAGAGCAACAUAUUGUCCGCUUUGGCGUUGGGCCGCUUUGAGUUUACCCCCUCACGGUUUUGUUCCUGGGGUUAGGUUGCUUUGAGCUUGUCCCCAGAAGGCCUGUUGACAGAUGGAGGGGGCCAGUACGCUUAUAAGGUAGAUGACGAGUCCCUUCCGAGUCGAUGCGGGAUAGACCCAACAGGCUUCCAAAUUUUUAGGUUUGUUUCCAAAUCACAAUUUCAAGAAUACUAAGUCAACCAAACACCCAAUAAUCCAAGACUCUGAGUUGAGUAUAUUGAGAUCAGGGUUUUCAAGAAGUCCCAAACAGCCAAAUUCUGAUUUGGGUUUUUCAAUCGAAGAAAUGAAUUUCAGAAGCAUGGAAGAGUUCUGGACUUUCUACAUGAACCAGCACUCAAAACCAGCCACAAGGCUUUGGCAUUUUGUGGGCACACUCACUAGUACUCUGUUUGGAUAUGGUUUAUCAUGGUACAGUCAUUUCUUUGUUGAAGGGAAUUUUCCAGCCAGUUUUGGCCAUCCAUUUUGGUCUCUUUUGUGUGAUUUCAAGGUGUUUAGGUUGAUGAUUACUGGUCAAAUGGAUAGAGAGAUCAAGAGGCUUGGUAAGAGGCCUAUUAUCCUACAGUCAAUUUGAUUUUUCUUUCGAAAUUUUCUUUUUAUGUUUUUGUUUACAUUUAAACUAAUAGGUUGAGAAUUAAGGCUCUCAUUUUGUAUACUUCGAUUGAAACAUACUAUUCAACUUUGCUGUUUAAUGGUCUAUUCUUAUUUUGUUGAAGGAUGUUGAAAUUUCCUGAAAUCCACAGCACAUUGAGGGUCCGCAAUGUUUUUUGUAUUUUCAUGAUCAACAAUUUUGGUACAAUGAAAAAAUGAAAGCAAAUAGAAAAUAUUUUUCAUGAUCAACAAAAAAACGAAGUCUAUUUUAGUAAAAAAUAUUUCACUUUUAAAAGGCGAAAAAUAUUUUCCGAACUAAAGUCUUACCAAUGUUACUACACUAUCACCUCCACCA